AUGUGCAGCCCUGUCCAAGGGAGCACUGCCACUGGUGGCAACAAGACAUCGUGGCCGGAGGUGGUGGGGAUGUCCGUGGAGGAGGCGACGAAGGUGAUUUUGAAGGACAAGCCUGAGGCGCAGAUCGUCGUGGUGCCGGCGGGGUCACCGGUCACCUUGGACUACCGCAUCGAUCGUGUACGCCUCUUCGUUGACACCAUUGCGAGAGGUCUUCAAAAGGAGGUGGACAAGGAGCAGCUGAUUGGAGGCGCUAAAAAGGUGAUGCACUCCGCGACGAUCGCCUUCUCUGCUCCAUCCGCUGCUUCUGGCAACAGGCAGAUGCUGCUAAUCAACGCCCCCUGA